CAGCGGGGGUCGGCGCUCGGAAGUAGGAGCGCCGACUUUUUUUAAGGUUUGUAAUUCAAGUCGGUGGCUUACAAUUGCGGCCAGCGACCCGCGCGGUUGCUUACACGACUGCCGGCUCCAGUUUGAUGAUCCAUUAAUCAGAUAGAUUAGCGUCCCAAUUGUUGCCGGAUCUGAUAUUAAAGCAACAGCCGCUGCUAUUCGGUUCACUCCAUCCACAGCAUCGACCACCACCAACUAUCCCAUCACUACAUCAUGACCGUCACCACAAAGCCCGUCCUCAUCUCCGGAGGCGGCCUCUCGUCGCUUCUGCUUGCCCAAUCGCUCCGCCGAAACAAGAUCCCCUUCCAAGUCUUUGAGCGCGACACCUCAUUCGUCUUUCGCGCACAGGGAUACCGCCUGCGUCUCUCCUCAGAGGGCCUCGACGCCGUCGAAACCGUGUUAGACCCGGAGCUCUGGAAGCUCUUUUGGGCUAGGAGCGGACAGACAGGCGGCAGCGGCCUUACCGGUCUUAACGCAAUCACCGGCGAGGGCGGCCCAACCAGCCUUGAGGGUUCAAGCAGUCUCAAAUCACGCGGAGGCAAAGUCGUGGGUAUGGCCCGCGGCGACAUGCGCCAGAUAUUCGCCAAGGGUCUGGAAGAGCACAUCCAAUGGAACAAAAAGGUCACAGGCUAUCGCGUGACCAGUAGCGGCGUCAUCGCCUUGUUUGCCGACGGCACCGAAUCGAUCGAAGGAUCGCUACUCAUCGCCGGUGAUGGUGUCUACUCGAAAAUCGCAAAGCAGGUCUCUGGCGGUAAACUCAAGACAUACGAUACUGGUGCUCGUGGCAUUCACGGCCAGGCACCCGUCGCAGCUUUCAAGAAUCUUGGAGAAGGUGUCUUUAUGAUCCGCGACACCUCUCGAGAAGGCGGCGGCGUGGCGAAUGUUAUUCUCAACGUGCGCCCACAAGAUCCCGAUCACCCUGAGACGGAAUUCGGGUGGACGAUGAACGGGUCGCCAGGCGUCAUCAAGGCGCCCAACGACGACUACACGAUUGUAGGCAAGACAGCAGCGGACAUUGCGAAGAAUAUCACCAAGAACUGGCACCCGCGCUUCCAGCCGCUGUUUGAGCAGAUGAAUGUCGAGGAUGCUGCUUUCUGGAAGAUUACAUGCUCGACGCCGUCAGGUGUACCGGAGUGGACGAAUGAGCCGCGCGUCACGGUGAUUGGCGAUGCGGCUCACAGCAUGACGCCUGCAGGAGGGCUGGGGGCCAACACGGCUAUGCGAGAUUCUGCCCUGCUGGGUAGAUUAAUUGCGGAGGCGGGCGGAUAUAGAGAUGGAUUGACGGCGGAGUAUGAAAAGGAGAUGCGAGUCUAUGGAAGCGCGGCUGUAGCGCAGAGCUAUGGGAUAGCGAGCAAGACAUUUGGCGUGACCAUUGACGAGGCUACGACGCCGGUGGUGGGCGAUGCUUGAAUCGUGGGCGGCUUCAUCUCUGGAGUGUACUAAUAAUGAUUAAUGAGUAUUUUGUUUGUAACCAUUGUUCAUGUUUCCAUAGUGUUUCGUGGCCAGCUGGCAGCACAGACG